GUGGCUAUUUUUUUUUUCUUCUUCUUUACUUAAAUUCUCUAUGGUGAGGCUAGUAAUGCGGAAACUUCACACUUAAGAGGAAAAUAAUCAACUUCAAUCACUUACAAGAAGUAAGAAAUGUUAUUACAUUGAUAUAAAAGGCUUAACAACAUGACUACUUUUACUAGUAUUGUACAAAAAUAUUUUAACAUAAAUCGUUGCUGUUUAUCUGCAAAACCUUUUUUUAUAUAAGCAGGAUAUGACUGCUCAGUGCGGUCACAGUGGUGUAGUUAGCGUUGAACUCUGAAAGUAUCAGUACACAGCUGUGUUUUCCACACACAAGCAACUUACAAAAUCUGACUCUAAACGACUGAAAAUGUGCAAGAGGAACAGCACAGGAAUUGAUUCUGUGAGGAACAGAAGAUACAAAAGAGCUACAGUGUGUUUGGUGCUGCAGUGCGUUCUUCUGGUCGAGGCGAUCAUAUUGCUGGGUCUCGAACUCAGAACAAAGACUGAUGAGUAUGAAAACAGUGAGGACAAAUACAACCAACAAAGGAACAAGGAACGUGAUGAGAUCCAAGGCUUGUUAAAAGAGAAAGAUAAAUUGGAGAAAGACAUUAGCAACACGAUUAAUCAAAAUAACCAGUUAAAUGAGGAGAAAAAACAACUGUUAGCACAAUUUUUGGAUGGAUGGAAGUGCAAUCAAUCCAGUUUAUACUACAUUUCCUCUGACACGAAGAACUGGGCUGAAAGUAGAGAAGACUGUUUGAACAGAGGAGCAGAUCUGAUCAUCAUAAACAACAGAGAGGAACAAGAGUCUUUUAAAACUAAUGCUGAAUUCUGGAUUGGUCUAAAUGACAGUGAUGUGGAGGGCACAUGGAAAUGGGUUGAUGGCAGCACACUGACCUCUGGGUUCUGGGCGUCUGGACAGCCCAACAUGGACAAAGAGGAAAACUGUGCUGUGCUGAAUCCAUUAGGGUGGUAUGGUUAUCCAUGUGAUAAUGUUUUUAAAUGGAUAUGUGAGAGAAAAAAAGCACCUUAAAAUAAAAUCUGUAAUGUGAUGGCUAAUAGAAAGCAGGUAAAAAAAAAAAUAGUUACACUUGUAUUUGGAAAAAAAUAAUAGUUGUACUUUUUUGUAAGCUAUAAGUCCUACUGUAUUAAAUCAUCAUUAUUAAAUUAAGCAAAUUAAUUUGUGUUUCUGUUAUAUUUUAUUGUUGCAUGUGUGCAGCUUCUCGUCAUGUUAAUAUGUACUCAACAUAAAAAAAA